AACGAUGUUGUAGUAGAGGUUCCAUAAAGUUGAGGAUUGUUGUCACCUUCACCGAGGUCGCUUAAUUGAUAAUUGAUUGUUACUAAAUGCAGUGUUGCGUUGGUAGUGAGGUUUUGGUAUUGUUUUUUGUUUUGUUUUUUUUUUUUUUUGAGGGAAAUUAGUUGGAAGAUUCUUUUGGUGAUUGGGAUGGAAUGAUUAAUAGUGGUGUGCGGUGUUUAUGACUUUGGAUUCAAAUUUAAUUUGCAGUGCGGAGGAGAGGAGAUAGCCAGGGAUUGAGGAAUGAUGCACAGCUUGGAAGCUAGAAGAGGGUGUCAAAGUGCGCCGUUCUUUUGCAGUCUGCUGGAUUCUAAGUAACUACAUCAAAGGGUGGAAGUGUGGGUUUGGAAGGCCCUGAAAUCGGAGAAGCGUAUUUGAUUUAGGGCUGCCUCUGUAUCUAGUCUCGAGAGGGCUGAGUGGAUCGAGAGUUGUUAGAUUGAGAAGUUUUUGAGGGUGAAUUAGAAGGAAGGAUUGAAAGAGUUCCGAUGGGAGGUUCGGAAGAGGUCAGAGGUUUGAUGCCUACUCUCGAGGAGGCUCUUGAAGAGGCGGAGAGACUCGCUGUUAAGACAUCGACGACGCCGAACCUAGAGCAGGUGUUGGAAAUUGCGGCGUCGGAGUCUUCGCACCCUUCUGUGGCAGCCGUGUGGCGAGAUACGUCGGAGUUCUCUACCCAUGGUGACGCCUUGCUCCCGAGCAGUAGGGUUGACUCCUUGAUGAUCGAGGACACCGUGACGCCUCAGGCAGUGGGGCAUGCACUGGUGAAGGCAGCCCACGGAGGAUAUGUCAAAUGUGUUCGUUGCCUACGGGAGAUCCAGAAAGAAAAGCUUACCAGGAGCAUACUUGUUGGCCGUUUCAAUGCUUUUGCGUUUCUGAAAGCUGCGGAAAAUGGUCACCAAGAGGUCAUUCGAGAGCUCCUUCGGCCGAUGAUGUCCGCGAGCACGGCCAUGAUGGGAUAUGUCAUAGCGACGAGGUGGAAAGUGAAAGAACCGUCGUCUUAUCCAUUCGUGAAGCCGCCUGUCAACGUCCCAGGGAAGGACUGGAAUGGCAAGCUGGCAUCCACCAAGAGCAUGCUCCCCGCUGCCACGCCAAUCUUUUGCCCUGGGGGUUGGGAUCUCAGAGGUUUGCCCGGGGUUCCCGAGGAGUUGCACGAUUGUAUCCGCGCGACUUACAGCAUCUACUUGCUUUGGCAGGCGGCGGUAAUCUCUGCUGCCCACUGUCAUGUUGAGGUGUUUAAAGUUUUGCUUCGGCAACGCGCUUUGGAGAACACCAUGUUGGCCGACUCUUUUCACGACACCUCGGGACCUAAGAAAGGUUUCGAUCAAGACGGGAAGAAGAUCAUCAGCGAUCGUGCCAAAAUGGACACGCUUAUGUAUCAAUUGGUGGAGGAGUUGAGCACUAAGAACUACCAUGACGGCAUCCUGUAUGCCUUAUGGGGACACAUUCAACGAGGAGGACGUGAUUCUCCGCGACCCGAAGCUGGCCGGCCUCGAUGCUUGGCCAAGGCGACGAAUGGCCUCUGGGAGAUGCAAUUAGAAGUCCCGCUUCUGAUGAUGCCUGUAGAACAUGCAUUGCCAGAUGAGGAACCCUUCCGCCGGUACAAGCAGCUCACGCAGCUCUUUAGUCAACGAGCGAAAGUCAAUAUCCAGCUCACAGCCAUUGUUGAAGCUCUUCCAAAUUGUCUUCAGGUUGUCGUAGGGAUCAAGCAUGUGAGGUUCAAAGUGGAGAACUCUCGAUGGGACCCUGAGUGCAUGGGUCAUUUCCCAUGCUUGGUCACGUUAUCGGUGACACCAGUGACAAAGGAGGGGACCGGAGUGACAAUGACGAACUCGAGCUCCAACAUUAUUGUCAAGAUUGGAAAAAUGGAGAGAGUGCAAAUUGGUACUAAUGCAGGAGAUGGUUCGACUCGAGGUAUCAGUGGCGGGAUGGGAGCUUCGGCCACCGUGGGUGUGACGUCCACAAUGAAGAACAAGCCAUGGAGGUUCGAGCAGCUUCCUUUGAAGGAUGAACGUGGGGGCAGCUUUGUAUGGACACUACAAUCAAUGAAAGGAGUAAUGUUCGACCGGACUAAUCCCAUGCGCAUGGCUGAGAGAAAUUCUAAGUGGAGGUUCGGAAGGCGGAUGCCAAGCAACCCGCUGGAUGAGCUUCCCUUCACUAGCGAAGGAGGUGUCAUUUUUACUAAUGCCGAGUUUGACGAUACCAUGAUGUGGCGCUUCCCCAAGCACAUGGAUGGGAAGAAAAUGAGGUGGAGCAUAGAGGGUCAAAUCCACUCUACCUACACUACCACACGCUACUUUGAGACGCGCAUGGCCACCUUCUGUGGUGACAUUGAAGAGCCACUCAAGCCUCUGGAAGUGAAGGACAAGAAUGCCACAAAAAAGGGCGGAGACGAAAAUGUGGAGAAGGUCGAGAAAUCUCCAAAGAAUGAGGAGCAACCUGCGAAGGCUGAGAAAACCCCCAAGCCCGAAAGUUCUUCCAAACCUGAAAGUUCUCGAAUCACUCCUCUAGAUUAUACCGAAGCUGAGUACCUAGAAUUUUUGGAGUUCAAGAAAUUUAAACAGAGAAUGCAAAGACAAAGCCUUGGAUCGAUCGAGGCCCUAAAUUAUUCUGAAAAGGAAAGCAUUCCAAGAGGGCAUAGCCUUGGUUCGAACGAGGAACUAGACGGCCGAUUAAAGACAGACAAAGACAUUGUGGGGUUUGUUGUUCCACAGAGGGAUAUCCUCGGCAGUCAAGUAGCAAUCGAAAUAAUGCAAAGAAAACAGGACCCUGAGCGGCACCACCAUGAUGAGCGGCAUCAACGUACUAGUAGACCUCUCGAUGAAGACAGGUUCCAUUCUAGUCUUAGCCCAGCUGGUAGUGGGAAUGGACCAGGGUUACAUGGUUCUUCUGAAGAGGAUUCAGGUAACCGAGGUGAACUCUGGAAGCGGAGGAUUGCUGCUUCACGGGCGAGUGACGAUGUCGAUAGUAGUAUCUUCACUGAAGAUGAAGGAAUCAGCAGUAGCGAAUCUUCCAACAAUAAUGGUAGACGUAUCACUGGUUUGUCGGUGCGAACGCGCUCUGACAAAUUGAGCAUCCCAGGGCGAUGACGAUCCUGUCACGAUUGAAUAUCAUGUAUAUGUGUAGAGUAUUCUGCCAGGUAAGCCUGGAAUCCACUGCAACACAAUUUCUUGACGAUCCUACUCAGAAUUGGGAGAUCCUAUUUUUCCUGCUGUAGCAUAUCAUUUAUUUCCGGUAUCUGAACUCUUGUGCAUUUCUGUGUCGAUCUAUCUCCAAUGCAGGUCAGCGCCAGCAUAGAUAAGUUUAGGCACCAAGACGUGUCAAACACUAUUCACGUAAUAAAUAACUGAUACUUUUUGAAGCCUCUGAUAUGUGGAGACCGAUAUAAAUGUAUCUAGCCUUCAGUUUUAUUGAUCGCUGCAGUUAAAAUUGGCCUUGAUUUAUCGUUGCACGAGUUGCGGUCUCACUGGUGGGUUGCUCAUGACGCUUCUUUGAUCAAACUUUUAUUGCAUUGGUCGCUAGAGAACCAAUUAUUAUUACAAUA